UUCCGGUUUUAUCAAUUCGGUUUGCGGUUUUUGACUUUUUGGUUCAUCUACCCAUGACCCACUCACCCGCCCCUUUACAUCUCUGUCAAAGUCGGGUCGUCUAGAUUGAUCCGUAACUUGAAUUCGCAUCUUUCUCUUUCGAUUCCUGUUUGCUCGAAUUAGAAUUGUAGCAGAAAGUCCCAACUUGGUUGAGUUGAGUAUGGGCGGCGGCGGCGAUGCUGAUGUUGCGGCGAACAUCGAUGGGGACAAUUCGAAGAAAAACGAGGAUAGCUUGACGGACGUCCCCGGGUCUGAUAGCAGCGGGGCUGUGACAAUUAACAUCCGCUGCUCCAAUGGCUCUAAGUUCUCUGUGCAGGUCAACCUCACUUCUUCCGUUGGAUCCUUUAAGUCCCUCCUCUCCCAGCGAUGCGACAUCCCCGCUGAGCAGCAGCGGUUGAUCUACAAAGGCCGGAUCCUGAAGGAUGAGCAAACCCUAGAUAGCUAUGGUUUGGUGGCAGAUCACACUGUUCAUAUGGUUCGUGGCUUUGCUCCAGCUCCCUCUACAAAUAAUGCUGGUGCAGCUAAUCCUGGAGUUCCAAAUGCUAACCAAAAUGCACCUAGGGAUACUGGUCCUGGUGCAGCAUUAGGAGGUCCUGGUCUUGGAGCUUCACUAUUUCCUGGGCUAAAUUUAAAUGGACUUGGAAGUGGUGGUGGUGUUGGUGGUGGUUUAUUUGGAGCUGGACUUCCAGAUUUUGAACAAGUACAGCAACAGUUGAAUCAAAACCCCAACAUGAUGAGAGAUAUAUUGAACAUGCCUCUCGUUCAGAACUUAAUGAAUAAUCCAGAAGUCAUCCGGAACUUGAUCAUGAACAAUCCUCAGAUGCGGGAGAUCAUGGACCGAAACCCAGAGCUUGCCCACAUUCUAAAUGAUCCUGCCACUCUACGGCAAACCAUGGAGGCUGCACGAAACCCUGAGCUCAUGCGGGAGAUGAUGCGUAAUACUGACAGGGCAAUGAGCAAUAUUGAAUCUUCCCCAGAGGGAUUUAACAUGCUCAGGCGCAUGUAUGAAACUGUCCAAGAACCAUUCCUGAAUGCAACAACCAUGGCCGGGGACACAAGAAAUGAUGCGGGGUCAAACCCUUUUGCUGCACUCUUGGGUGUUCAGGGUGGCGGGCAAGGCAGGGAUCAAUUAAAUAAUUCUUCAGGAGGUGGUUCUGAAACCACUACUAACCCUCCUGUUCCAAAUAUUAAUCCACUUCCUAAUCCUUGGGCAUCUGCUAGCACUGGAACUGAACAGACUAAUGCAGCUGCUAGGUCAAAUCCAGCUGCGGAGUCUAGGACAGCUCCACUUGGUGGCCUAGGUGGACUUGGUUUACCAGAUCUUUUAGGUGGUAUGCCAGAUCCCAAUGCAGUAAAUCAGAUGAUGCAGAAUCCUGCUAUCUCACAGAUGAUGCAGUCUCUGCUCUCCAAUCCUCAGUACAUGAAUCAGAUUCUUGGCCUCAACCCACAAUUACGGAGCAUGCUUGAUUCCAAUUCCCAAAUUAGGGAGAUGAUGCAAAACCCUGACUUCAUUCGCCAAUUGACUUCCCCUGAGAUGAUGCAGCAAAUGUUGGCAUUUCAACAAUCCCUUACGUCUCAAUUUGGACGACAGCAGACAAACCAAGAAACAGGUCUAAACAGCGGAAGAGCAGGUGCACCUGACAAUAUGGGAUUAGACAUGCUGAUGAACAUGUUUGGUGGACUUGGUGCAGGUGGCUUGGGAGUUCCCAAUAGAUCUAAUGUCCCUCCAGAGGAACUAUAUGCCUCCCAGCUGGCACAAUUGCAAGAGAUGGGCUUCUUUGACACCCAAGAAAACAUCAGGGCACUCACAGCUACUUCUGGGAAUGUUAAUGCGGCGGUGGAUCGCCUUCUGGGAAAUAAUAACGGUCAAUAGGCUCUGUCCCUGCCGGUGUAUUGUGUUAAAGCACUAUUCAUAUACAGCUUCCUCCUGUCGUUGGAGGAUUGGACAUACUUGCAUAUCGAGUCUUAGUUUUUUUUUUUUAAAUAAUAAUAAUAUUUCUUUUUUAUAACUCAUUUCAGCCUUUAAGGUAGUGACUUCCCCUACUGUGUUUUUCAUAGAUGGUAUGACUAUAUGGCGGAGCACAGGCUCUUGAUUAUCUUGUACAUGAGAUGCUGAAGGUUCUGUUCACCCAUUUGUUAGCUUGUGACUUUGAACACGGUUAAAGUUCCUUCUGAAUUGUUAUCAUUUUAGUAUAUAUAUUUCUACUAUUGCUGUUAUUGUAACAAUAAUAUAAUAAUAAUUAUUAGUAAUAAGGCUUACCAGUCUUAUCAAGGCGUAGAAUAUGUUUUCACAAUUUAUCUAUUAAUUUGUUGCAUUGAAUAAACAAAGAUGCUUCAAGGGGUCAAGC